CAAGUCAUGCGUUCUUUGAAUCCCCACCCAGUUUGGCCCAGGCGCCAACCAGCACCACCCGCGAUGAAAGGAUAUACUCAAGGAUGGAAUGGAACCCUCGCGAUGACAUCGAGAUUACAAAAGCUUUUUCGCCUUUGAUAACCACAUACAAUUUAUCAUCUCGCAGGAGAGUGGUUACCAUGGAUGACCCGAUGGACGGUGGUAUCAAUCUUUCUCUGUCCGGGAGGGGUUGGAAAAGGAUCCGUUGUUGUCCUACAACUUGACGGAGGCAUGUUUCCUUUCAGAUCAAGUCAACUGUCCGGACACACUCGGUCCACAUUUUAUGUUUCAUUUUCUGCCGCCGAGAGUGGCUUUUUGAAUCUCCCUGACCUUCAAGCUGGCUGUGGAUUUCCGUUGAUUCCCGGUUUUCUGGGCCCUUGCAUGCGACUAUCAAUGCACUGUGCGGGGUUCCAUGUAAGAGCGUUUGUAGUAGUUGUGUUAUUCGGGUAUUUUGUUCUUACUCUUCUGUACAUUACAAGCUUGAUCCACCUGGGGCACGCGAUAAGACCGUGUGUCGCUGCCGCCACCGGUGGUGGUUGAAUGCAUCCUGCAUCUAGUUACAGAAUAGACAUAUCAUAACCAUCCUCACAGACCAAUGCUUGAUUGCCC